UGAAGCUGGAAGUGAAACUGACAUUGUUUCUCAGCAAUCGCUCAUUUAUGCAGCAGUUGAAGAUGGACAAGUUUAAGACUGUUCUGAACAUUGCAGGUAAACAGACCAACCUUGGUUUUGGCCUGAUAGCUCUGUUGACAGCGGGAGGAGAGCAGAUAUUCUCUACAGUGGUAUUUAAGUGUCCCUGCAACGAGCUGAACUUUGUCUAUGGAAUGGUGUUCCUGCUGGUGCCAGCUCUGGCUCUGCUGCUGCUGGGUUACAUCCUGAGUAAGAAAACGUGGAAGCUGCUGACGGGUCUGUGCCAGCAUAGGGACAAGUCGUUGUGCUGCAAGAAGCUGGUUGCUGCUGGUGUGGUCCUCUUUCAGAUCGGCACCUCUGCGCUUGUUGCGCCUUCUACUUGGAUAGCUGUAGCUUUACUCAAUGGAAACUACUACGAGUGCGCCAUGACGGGGACCAAUGUGAGCAUUUACAACAAACACGUGUGCAGAGAUGGGAACUCUGAGGUCCAGUGUGAGAAGGAGCUGCACAGGUUCCCCUGUGGGAAAGGCAUUAGUGUAUCGCAGGCUGUCAGAGAAGAUGUUCUGCUUAAUCUCCGAGCUGAGUCUCAGAUCCUCGGUUGGCUGCUCAUCACUCUCAUCAUGUUGACAAACCUGCUGCUCACCUGUGUGGCUCGGUGCUCCUCCCCUAUUAGCUACCUGCAGCUGCAGUUCUGGAAGGCGUAUGUGCACGAGGAGAGCAAUCUACUUGAUUCCUAUACAGCUAAGCACGCCAAAGUGUUUGCUGAGAGAAACCUAAAGAGCUUCUUUGAAAAGACACCACCUGAAAAUUUCAUCACACCAUCCAACCGAGACUGGGAGAAGAUCUCCUCUCUCUACAAGUUUACCACCAAAGAUAACUACUACAGCACUUUGCACCGAUAUGUGGAGAACUCCCAGGAGACUGACAACGGGAUGAUGAGGCUGACUUCAAUCAAGUCAAACGAGUCUGUAGAAGAUAACCCAGCUGUUCUUAGUUUUGUAGAUGAUGGGAGAAUGCCACUGUGAGUCACAGACUACCCACAUUCAACUGUGAAAAGGUGUGAAGUAAAGAAGGACCUCUAUAAAUGCUGUUAACUUUGUAAUUUUGAACAGUGUAUGAAAUAUGCAUGAAAUAAUCAUUUGUAUGCUUAAUAUUGUAGUUGCAUAAAGUGGGGCAGUGAAAGGAUAGUGUGCAGCAACUUUGGUAUCUUUAGAUUAUUAUGUAUUUCCUUUGUCAUGUGAGUCUUUAGUUUUUAAUUCCAUGUUCUGUUUGCAGACUCGGGAGAAUCUGUCUGAUCCUCCCGAGUCUUUCAUCCUGUGUGUAGCUUGUGUGUCUGCAUUUACCUGCUGCGCUC